AUGUCGGCGAGGCGGCGCAUCGGGGACCCCGAGUUUUUGACCAAAAGGAUCCCACAGAAUCCUAAAUAUCAGCAUGUAAAAACUCGCCUUGACACAGGUAGCAGUAUGACGAAAUACACUGAGAAACUGGAAGAGAUCAAGAGAAAUUACAGAUACAAGAAAGAUGAGCUCUUCAAGAGGCUGAAAGUGACGACUUUUGCCCAGCUGGUCAUCCAGGUUGCUUCUCUGUCUGACGAAAGCUUAGAAGUCUCACCGGAGGACAUUCAGAAGCUAGACGAAGGUGAUGCUUCUCCUGUGGACAACAGCGCCGAAGUUGCGGCAGAGACCAACGGCAAAGACAGCCCCGGCGAGAAGCCGGCCAGCCCCAUCCUGUUCAUCAACAACACCGGAGCUGGCGAGUCCUAUCGCUCCACCUUACAGAGCGUGAUAAGCGGCGUGGGUGAGCUGGACCUGGGGAAGAAUGCCCUGAAGAAGUUGGAGAUGAGUUUGAAGGCCGAACCUUAUCCCGACUGCCCCUUCCUGCUGCUGGACGUGCGAGACCGGGACGCGUACGAGCACUGCCACAUAAUCGGAGCGUACUCCUACCCCAUCGCCACGCUGUCCAGAACCAUGAACCCGUACACGCACGACAUCUUGGAAUACAAAAACGCUCACGGGAAGAUCAUCAUCCUUUACGACGACGACGAGCGUGUCGCCAGCCAGGCGGCCACCACCAUGUGCGAGAGGGGCUUUGAGAACUUAUUCAUGCUCUCCGGAGGUCUCCGCAUCAUCGCUCAGAAGUUCCCGGAAGGCUUGGUCACCGGCUCCUUUCCCGCCUGUUGCCUGCCAGUCAGCCAGCCCGGGAGCGCCCGGAAAAGAGCCACCCCCCGGCAGCCCCCGCCCCCACCCUCGGAGAUUAAAUGGAGAUUUACAGCAGAGGAUCUACAAAAGAUACAGUACUACCUAGAAGAGGACCAGCUCCCUUCAGACACUGCCAGCCGCCUCAGCCGCGGCUCUUCCGCCCGCGACUCCAGGGCCGUCGCCGUCAAGAGCAGCCAGAACCUUCCGACCAACACCUCGGCCGUGGCCCUUCCCACCCGCUCGCUCAGCAGCAGCAGCCUGCAGAACAAGCCGUGGAAAUAGACGGUGUCUUUUCCCUCGCUCAAAAUUGAGUCUCCAAAUAAAAAGAGACUCCCGUUCCCGGGGGGCCUUUG